AAUUGUUUUCAUAAAGAUUACAUAAAGCAAAACAAAUUUAGUUGGUUAUCUCGUAAUGAUUCGGUAUCUGGAGAAGAUGAGUUCGAACCCAAUCUGUUAUCGUUCUCCAAUGGGAACUCUACUUCCCAAUCAUCCUUCUCCUCUCAAAACCCUAAACCCUAAUUUUACCUCUAUACCUAUCCGGAAUGGAUUCAAACGGUUUUCUUCUUCAAUAGCUGUGAAACCAGUUCAAUCAGCUUCACUUGGAGAUAUUACCAAACCUGAUUUCCCAAUUCUUCAUCAGGUGCUUGAAAAUGGAAAGAAAUUAGUGUAUCUGGAUAACGCAGCGACUUCUCAGAAACCGACUGUUGUUUUGAAUGCUUUGAAUGAUUAUUAUUCAAGAUAUAAUUCCAAUGUGCAUAGAGGCGUGCACACUUUGAGUGACAUGGCCACGAAUGCAUAUGAGUCUGCAAGGACGAAGGUGGCGAAUUUUGUUAAUGCACCACAAUCUCAAGAUAUUGUGUUUACAAGAAAUGCAACAGAAGCUAUAAACCUAGUGGCCUACUCUUGGGGACUUGCAAAUUUAAAACUGGGAGAUGAGAUCAUCCUUACGGUAGCUGAACAUCAUAGUGCUAUAGUUCCUUGGCAAAUUGUUGCUCAAAAAACUGGCGCUACUCUGAAAUUUGUUACUUUAACAGAAAAGCAAGUUCCAGAUGUCUUGCAAUUGAAAGAAAUGAUUUCAAAGAACACAAAGCUUGUGGUAGUCCACCACGUAUCUAACGUUCUUGGCUCUUCUCUUCCUAUUGGAGAUAUCACAGCAUGGGCACAUAGUGUUGGAGCGAAGAUGCUGGUAGACGCCUGUCAAAGUGUUCCUCACAUGGUGGUUGAUGUGCAGAGUCUGGAUGUUGAUUUUCUAGUUGCAUCUUCACAUAAGAUGUGUGGGCCUACAGGCAUUGGAUUUUUGUAUGGGAAAAGCGAGCUCUUGUCCGUCAUGCCUCCUUUCCUAGGUGGUGGUGAAAUGAUUGCCGAUGUAUUUCUGGACCAUUCUACUUACGCAGAACCUCCAUCCAGGUUUGAGGCUGGAACACCUGCAAUUGGAGAAGCGAUAGGUCUUGGAGCAGCAGUGGAUUAUUUAUCGGGAAUUGGCAUGCAAAAAAUCCAGGACUAUGAGAUAGAGUUGGCUGGUUAUCUCCACGAAAGCAUGCGUUCCAUUCCCAAAAUGCGCAUAUAUGGCCCUGCUCCUUCUCGAACUGUUCAUCGAGCUGCUCUUUGUGCAUUCAAUGUUGGCACUAUCCAGCCAACAGAUAUUGCCGCUUACCUUAAUACAAUACACGGUGUGGCGAUCAGAUCAGGUCAUCAUUGUGCUCAACCUCUACAUCGCCAUCUAGAUGUAAAUUCAAGUGCACGUGCUAGUCUAUACUUCUACAACACCAAAGAAGAUGUUGAUACUUUCAUAGAGGCAUUGAAAGACACUGUUGGUUUUUUCUCUUCACUCGAGUAAAAAGGUUACUUUCCUCCCCGUGUUCUAUUCCAUACCUACUUGUUUGAUUUUGUAGUUUUGCUAGGUGUCUUGUGUUUAAACAUUUAUUAAUUUACACUACAUAAUAGUACAAUAAUAGCAUCUUGCUGCAUGCCCCUUCAUAUUGUUGUGUCUUGAACAUUUUUCCUUUUUCAGAGGGACAUUAUGCAUUGUCAGUCCCACAUAAAGCUGUAUCACUGAGUUAUACCUUUCCCUUUA